CUGCGACGAAGAAUUAUACUCUUUACACUUAUUCGGAAAAUCUGAGGACAGAAUGACACAUCUCAGCAUCUUCUGCUUCAGUCUCUGCUCUCUCGCAAUUUUGACGGAAUCAAUACCCUCCGGCUCGUUAACGACGACUGAAAUUUUGAGGAGCAAUGAAUACGACGCAAGAAAUGUCAUCGAGAAACCUCAUGCAGAUAUUCUGAAGAGGAACGAUCCUCAAGGUUCUUUGGUGAACCAGAGUCACUUGAAAAGUGCGGCCCGAAUUGGAGAACAAUCUGCGGCUAGUCUGUAUUUAAAUAAUAAAUCAGAUGCAUCCACUACUCCAACUGUCAGUUCCUCGGACAAUUCUACGAAGGAUGUACAAUAUACGAAACGCAUUGAGAACCGAAGAAACGAUGCGUCUCCGUCGAAUCAUAAAGACCGAUCGGAUGUAGAUCUCUUGUCACACGAUGUAUUACUGAAUCCCUUUGACGUAAUAUCUCCUCGUCUGACACGUCAGAAUAAAAAGAGUGACAUGGAUUAUUCUAAUCCUUCAUCGAUCAAGAACAGCGCCGAGCUCUCGAUCGAGAACGAAAAUAUGGGUUCUUCGCAAAAAAGCUCGGACGAAAGUGAUCUUGGCGUAGCCGAAGAUAGAUAUCGGUACCAAUAUCCUUAUUGGUAUCGAGGACAAUUUGCAAAUCAAAGGUAUCGGGCAAACAAUAGGAGAGAGCCUUAUCGUAACUACUUGAGAUAUCCUGUAUUUCCAGGAAAAUAAAUAGAAUUAAUUUUCUUUUUUCUUUCCUUUCUCGAUCUUUAAAAAAAAAUUAUAUUCGCAUAGUCAACUUUUUACGAUGGAUAUAUCUUAAAAAAUAAUGUAAUGGAAAAAAAAGCUUUUUAGAAGAAUUUUUUUAAAUACUGUAUUAAUAUAUAGAUGUAGGCAGAUAAUUUUUUAAUUAUUAUACUGUAGUUAGCACUACGAUUGUAAUAUUUAUUGAUGAUUAAGAAGAUUGUCUCUAAAGCGAA